UGCUAUUUAUAUCGCCAGUCACUAUAAACUAGGAAGGCACGUCCAUACCAAGAGCUGUCUUAGGCGCCAAAGUUCCAUAUUCAUCUUCUCUUCGUCAUCUCUCUCUCUUCUUCUUCUUCUUCUUCUUUCUUCAAUUGUAUCUGAUUCUUAUUCUUAUUCCAUCCUACUGACUCCUGCUUGUCAAUUGCUCCUCUGUGUUUACUCGUCUCAGACAAUUGAUUUUGUGCCAAGAUUAUCAUUCCCCACUACCAUCUUUUCUCGUCUCUCUCAGCAUCAACUAAUCCAUCAUGUCGGAAAUGAGAGCAGUUGCUUACUUUGUCAAUUGGGCCAUCUACGGACGCAACCACAACCCCCAGGAUCUCCCCGCUGACAAAUUGACCCAUAUUCUAUACGCUUUUGCCAACGUUCGCCCGGAGUCUGGUGAAGUGUACCUGAGUGACACCUGGUCUGAUAUCGAAAAACACUACCCCGGCGACUCGUGGAAUGACGUCGGCACCAAUGUUUACGGCUGCGUUAAGCAGUUGUUCCUGCUGAAGCAGCAGAAUAGAAAGUUGAAGCUUCUCCUAUCCAUUGGAGGCUGGACUUAUUCUUCCAAUUUCGCUCAGCCGGCUAGUACCGAAGAGGGACGCACCAGGUUUGCCGAAUCUGCUACACGCCUGAUCUUGGAUUUGGGAUUUGAUGGGAUUGAUAUCGAUUGGGAAUAUCCCAAAGAUGAAACCGAGGCAAAUAACUUUGUCUUGCUGCUUCAAAAGUGCCGCGAGACUUUGGAUCGAGUAGCUGGCCACCGCAAGUUCCUUUUGACCAUUGCUUGCCCUGCUGGGCCCGAAAACUUUACAAAGCUCAAGCUUCCUGAAAUGACGCCAUAUCUGGACUUCUAUAACCUCAUGGCCUAUGAUUAUGCAGGCAGCUGGGGUGCUGUGGCUGGCCACCAGGCGAACCUCUUCCCCUCUGCGGCCGUACCGGACUCGACCCCAUUCUCGACAAUCGCAGCACUCAGCCAUUAUACUCAGGUCGGUGAAGUACCUUCCAACAAAAUCGUCUUGGGUAUGCCUCUGUACGGGCGUGCGUUUGCCAAUACCGAUGGACCAGGGUCGCCCUACUCGGGCGUGGGCGAGGGAAGCUGGGAAAACGGCAUCUGGGACUACAAAGUACUCCCGAGAGGAGGGAUUGAAGACCUGGACGCCGAAGUUGGGGCAUCAUGGAGCUAUGACCCUGCAACCCGCACAAUGGUCUCGUACGACACGGUAGCGAUGGCAGAGCGCAAGGUGGAGUUCAUCAAGCAGCACCAGCUGGGAGGAGGAAUGUGGUGGGAAACCAGUGGUGACAAGGGAGGCAAGGCUGCAGAGAAAGCCAGUGGCAGCUUGAUUGGCACCUUUAUUGAAGACAUCGGAGGUGUUCAUGCCUUGGACCAGUCUGACAAUGCUCUCGAGUACCCAGAGAGCAAGUACGACAACGUGAAACGGGGCUUUGCCUGAGCAGAU